AUAAUCAUUUUGUGUGUAUUUUUCAGAUGAUUCUGUCUAACACUGACUCUUUAUCUUCCCCCACACCGUCACCAGAACCUAAGAAUGGUAAGAAACCUGGACGACAAACGAACCCACUUCCUCGCCAUAAAAGAGUCUCUCAUAUCAAUGCUGAACACAGGAGGAGGAAUAAAAUCCAGAGAGGCUUUGAAACUCUGCGCCAACUUGUGCCUGCCCUCCAAGAGAACCCUUCAACCAAAGACAGUAAGGCCUCAAUGCUUUUUAAAGCGUCGGAACACUGUCGACAACUUCAGGCCGAAUCUAAGGCCCAGAGAGAUGAGGCAUGUGCCCUGCGGCAACAGUUAGGUGCCUUGACUGACGAGAUUCAGUAAGUGUACAUUAAUCCUCUUGGGCCCGGUGAAACACCAAGCCCACAUUUUCUAUUUUUUCUUUCUUUUUAUUUGCAUCUCUUUUUCUU